GCGCGCAAGCGGCCGCCAGUUGCGCCGCGGCACUGACGUGAUUAACAUGUGCGGGAAGCGUGUCAGGUGUACAGCACCACUGCCAGCGAACCGGUGGAACCAGCGUGUGGCCGUCCAGCCUCAUCCUCGCCCGAUCAACCACUGCUCAACCGCACCGUGAGUAAACAACAAAAACACUCUGUGCGCGUUACGAAAACGAAUUUUAAAGGAGCAGGGAAAAAAAGCAGACACUCUUCUACCCGCCCGCCCGGCGUCGGUUACGACGGAACGGAAGUUGUUUAGCGCGGAACAUUCGUUGUAGUUGUAGUUAUAGCAAAAGGAGUUAUAGUAAAGGUUGUAGUGCGCGAAAGAAAAACACGCGAAGAAACACGCAGUCAGUGGCCAGUCUGUUUGCUUCGGGGUGUAGCCGAAACAGAACAAGAUCGAACCGCGCGCCCGUGUCCCAAUCAACCUGCGAUCUGUGUGGCAGAUCGCCUCAGCGAGAACCGAUCAACUCGAGCGCGACCGGAUCGGCUCGCCUCAAUCAACCACGUCCCGGGUGACGUCAAGGUUGCGGAUCGGAACAUAUCCCGCCCGUCAGGGAGGAACCGGAAAAAGACACCAUCAAAGCGACCCAAAUGGUGCAGCGAGAGACGGACACGGUAGCAGCCCGCCGCUCGAAGCGCUCCAUCGGCGGCGGAGCGCCGGACGCGGAGCCACCGAACGCCAUCGUCAGCGAGCAGCGGUACGAGGGGCUCGCCCUAGAGGGUGCCGCCCCUCCACCACCCCAGCCAGUGGUGGAGGUCAAGACGGCGGUGCCGGACGAGGCCGAGGUCGAGGCAGUGAACCGUGAAGAGGAAAUCAUUAAGAAGCGAAAGACGGAGCUAACGACGACGCGCCAGAUCGAGACGCGCGUCAAGCGGCAGCUACUGUUCGAGGAUGGCAAGGUGGUGGAAGAUUCGGGCCCGAUCGUGUCGACCAACACGACCGAGGACACCGACAAACAGGAAACGGUACAAACCGAGCACCGUACCCUGGGCGAUCCGGCGGAGGUGGGCGAGGGCGAGCCGUCCGGUAACCGGCUGGCCGGUACCGGGGAGCUGAGUGGCGGCCCCCACCCCCAGCAACCGGCGUCCCCGGCGGUCGAUAAUGUAGUCAGCGGCAGCAGCAGCAGCAGCAUCGCACCAAAGACGACCGGCGGCACCGCCAUCAGCGUAGCGCGCCCUCCCGACGGUUUGCUGCGCAACAUCAAGGAGGAGGUGGUGGUGUCCCGGGAGGAAACCAAGGAGCGGACCGAGGUGACCGAGCAGAAACAUUUCGGCGACUUUAGCGACGACGCGUACCUGCGGGCGAUCAACAGCGGCGUCGACGACAUACGGGAGCUGCUGCUGUCGGAGAAGGCGCGCACCGAGCUGCAGCAGCCGACCGGGCCCCAGCUGGUGCAGCAGUCGGUCAGCACGCGGAAGGUCAUCGACAGCGAGGACACCGACAUCCGGCAGCUCGCCAAACCGGACGGUACGCUCGUGACGGAGAAGGAGCAGACGCGCCAGCACGAGGAGCUGGUCGACGACGCGCUGCCGGAGCCGGACGGCGGCUACGACCAGGUGGACAGCGGUGAGCGCAUCAUCGACCAGAAGUCGUCCGCCCAGCGGUACUUCAAGCAGCGGGACGAGCAGCAUGUCGAUCUGAUCGGAUCGGGCGGGGAAGUGAUCGGACACGAGAUGCGGUACGCAGCAGAGCAGACCCAGAUGAGCAGGGACGGUGGUGGUGGUGGUGCUGGCGGUGUGGGACGUGCGGGCGAGCCGGGCGGCGGCCUGCUCGCCGACUGGGACAGCCUCUCGGACCGGUUGCGCAAGGCGCGCCGGCUCGGCCGGCAUCCAAAGGAGCUGGCGCUCGGGCCGGGCGGCGUCACUCAGCCGGCGGCCGGCAACCUGCUGCCGGGCGGGCUCCCCGUCCUGAACGACCGGCUCGACGCGCUCACCAAGAAGCCGCUCGACUUCGACAAGGAGGAGGAAACGCGCAAGGCGGAAACGAGCAAGUGGCUCGAGUCGCACUUCGGCAGCGAGUCGCGGUCAUCGCGCGACUCGCGCGAAGACCUGGACGAGCUGGUCGAGCCAACCAAGCGCACCUACUUCAACGUGACGAUCAAGUCGGGCGACGGGCCGGCCGAGCCAGAUGGCCGGCGGGGCAGCACCACCGUGCGCCCGGCGGGCGAGUGGGCGGGCCGCCGGGGGCUCGGGGGCUCCCGCGAGGAUCUGCUGCUGGUGGAGCGCGGUUCCAGCCACGAUGCGGGCUACCGGUCCGGGGAGCGAUACCGGUCGGGCAGCGAGGAACCGACAGGCCGGCCCGUCCAGCGCCAGCACUCCACGGUGCAGCCGCCGUCCGCCGGGGGGCCGAUAUACGCGUCCGCCUACCUGACCGCGCCCCGACCGAAGGUGGCGAACGGGGCCGGGGCGGAGCGCAACUUUCACGCCCGGUACGGGCGGUCCGUGUCGCCCGACCGGCACUCGGUGGGCCAGAUCGGGGCACCGGCCGACGGUCGGCCAACCGUGCCGCAACGGCGCAAAGUGCUCGAACGGCGCCAGGUCGCCGUUCAGCAGCAGCUGCAGCAGCAACAGCAACAGCAACAGCAGCAGUACCACGGCAAACAACCGGUCGUACAUCAUGGGUACGCACCGCGCAGUCGCUCCGUCUCCCCGAUCCAGAUACCGCCCGUAGUGACGACACUGCGCAAACCGUACCAGAAGACGCGCUUCAGCAGCAUACAGGAUCUAAGUCACGCCGGCGGCCCACAGCAGCUCCAGCAGCACCAGCAGCAGCAGCAACGCACAGUGAGCCGGGCGCAGAGUACGCCGCCGAAGGCGAACCGCGUCGGUUCCGCCAUCGGCAACUCCAUCCGCAAGCUGAUGGGCAAGAUCCGGUCCGCCAGUGCGGAGCGCAAGCUCAAGCUCAAAAACACGAAGCAGCAGCAGCAGCAGCAGCAGCAGCAACGAUCGCAAUCGCCCUCACCGUCCACCCAGCACAAGCGACAGUCCGGCAACGGCGGCAGCAACACCACCACCACCACCUACCAGCAGUACAACGUGAUCGACGGGCACAUUAGCAGCGGCGGCGGGUCGCCCCUGCUCGGCCACCACCACCCGUACGGGGGCGACGAGCAGCGGUUCGCGAACGGUGGCCGAUCGCAGUCGCAGCUCGCGCUCAGUCACAGGCCGACCGGUGCCGGCGCAAGACGUGAUUCGGCGCGCGAACACCGUCCCUACACCGAGCGGCGCGGCUCCUCCGACGUACUGUCCGACAUGACGACCGGCAGCGGUGGUGGUGGUGGUGGUGGCGGAGGGGGUCCAACGCCACGCCAGAAGUACUAUCUCGGCGAAAACCCGUACGGUGGCAGCAUCUUCGGCAAGGAAAACAAAUACAACCCGGCAGCAGCGGCGGCGGCGGCGGCGGCCGCAGCGGCAGGGCGAGAUCGGCGCGAGGAACGUGUCUACAACGCCGCCCAUACACGCUCGUUCAGCCAGCCGCCGCAGACGAACCUGCACACGCUGGGCCGGUUUAGCAAGAGCACCAACCGGCUGCCAACGAUGGCCGGGGGCGGUGGCCACUACGAGCACGAGCCGCCGGUCCAGUACCACCCGGGCGGUGGCGGCGGCGGGUACGGCGGUGUGGUCAGCUCGCAGACCCUGCCCCGGAACGAGCAGCACCACCGGUUGCAGCGCUCGAAGCCGCUGCACUCCUCCACGAUCAACGUGUCGAUCGUGAACACGGUCAGCACGAACGGGGCGGGCCGGCCGCUGGCGAACACGGGCCCGGUCAAGCCGGCCCGCACCUACAAAGCGCUCAACCGCAGCAAAUCGUUCAACGUGCACGGCCUGAACGGGACGAACGAUCCGAGCCCGAUCUAUCUGGAGAAGCUGGGCGGCCGGGGCGGGCCGGCGGCCGGGGCCGCCUUCUACCGCUCCAACACGCACCUGGAGCAGCCGCCGCCGACGUACGGUCCGGCAAAGGGCGACCAGCCGUCGCCGCCGCUCCAGCUCAAGAGCCCGUCGAUCGUGAACCUCGUCAGCCGUAGCACGCGCGACCUCACGCUGGCCGGCACGGACGGGUACCACCUGCCGCCGGGGCGGACCAGCCCGGACGGGCCGACGCUCGACAAGAAGAACGUGUUCCUGCGCAACCUGCAGAACCGGGCGCCGGAGCUGUACCGGACGCUGCACGGGGUCGAGCCGCCGGCGAGCGCCGCCCCACCGUCCCGCGAGUAUCUCGGCUCGUACAUAACGCGCGAGCAGGAGCGCACGAUCGGUACCCGGUCGCCGGUGACGCUCAACAAGGACACGGCCAGCUUGGUGCGCCGGGGCAGCUCCAGCACCGACGACUACCCGCACGCGUACCAGGCCGCCGGCGACCAGCACCACCAGCAGCCGCGCGCGAAACACUACUACAAAAAGAGCGCACCACCGCCGGCGGUGGUGGGGGCUGGCCGCUACCGGGGUGAACCUGGCGGUGACCUCAAAUAUCAGGACAUGUCCGGCGGUGGUGGUGGUGGGAGCGCCGGUGGUGUCGUCAUCGAGCUGCGCACCAACUCCUAACAAAACAGUGUCCAAGAGUGGCCAAGAGUGUAACACGUUUUAACUAACCUAUUUGCUCACAUCCGGCCCUGCCGCGGAAGGAACACAAUACAUUUUCGAGAUUCCGUGCCACUGAGAGAGAGGGGGGAGGAGGAGUAGGAGAUCGAAGGACGAUACCGGCUGAGAUUGUAAUUGCGCAUUUUCCGUUUGUUUGGUAAGGCGCGGCGCGCGCGUGUGCCAAUCGAGCCUGCUGCAAUAGAGAGAGAGGAAAGGAACGUGUCGGACCAAUUUUUAAUUGACUAUUGUAACACAACGCAAUGUUUCUUCUUAAAUAACAACCUGCUAAAGAAUCACAAA